AUGCGGAUAUAUAUGUCACCUUCUGCCUUAUCACUUCUUGGUGAAUAUGUUCAAAUGCUCAAUAACACUAACAUUUCAUGGACAAUAGAUGGGAGUGAUGAUGAUCCUUCUGCCAUUUGGCUGUCUAGUUUAGUUUUUGAAACAGAAGUGGAUUGGGUUCCACUUAGUAUAUUAGUCUGGUCAUUCAACCGAAACAAGCCGGUUAGAAGCAAUGCCACCAUGCUGCUAACCCGAGAUGGAGAUAUGAUGUUGCAAGAUUUUGAUGGUACUUUGGUUUGGUCUACCAAUACAAAAGGUAAAUCCGUUGCUGGUUUUAAAGCUGACAGCCAGGGAAUCUUGUGCUCUUUGACACAAACAACUCUUCUAUUUGGCAAUCUUUUGAUCUUCCAACUGACACUUGGUGGACAGAAGUUCUAUUCUAAUUCAGACCAAAAACUGACAGCAAGUGCUUCAUCAACUAACUGGACUGGCGGGGGUUUGUACUCACUUUCCCUUACUAAUGAAGGUCUGUCUGCUUUUCUGGAAUCAGAUCCUGCACUAGUUUACACUAAAAAUACGGAACUUUUUCGAGAAGGAAAUAGAACAGAGCCAUUAUAUGCUACUCUUUCCAAUGAAGGUUUUAUUGUGCUCCGCGAAGGUUCAAACAUAAUCCGGUGGAUAGCAAAUAUCUCACUUUCCCAGGCAACUCCAAUGCAACAUGUAACGUUGGAAUUUGAUGGGCAUUUGAGAGUUUAUGAUUUUGUUGAAUCCAGUUUGGCAAAGAGUCGCUGA